AGUGUCAUGUGAUGAAAGAAAGUUGGUCGAAGCAGUAGUAGUAGAUCAAAUAUAUCUGAAAUAUCACAAAUAUCAAACAAACAGUUCAAGUGACAAAAUGUCCAAUUUGAAGGAGAAAAUUGGUGAUCGUCUGGAUGCGGUUAUAUCUAGCAUUGACGACCUGGAAAAGUCUGGUAUUGCCGUGGCAACCAGUCUCUUGAUGCAGAGAGCCAAUGAUGUACGGCUGAACAGAGUAAACUGGCAGUCCUACUUACAAGGUCAAAUGAUCAACCAAGAAGAGUAUAACAUCAUUACCAAACUAGACCCUAACACUUCUAUGAACCCAGAGACUAGAAGACAACUGAUAACUGAACAUCCAGUACAGGUGGCUACUACAUUUGUGAGUCUGAUGUCCCACAUCUCCAAGGACCAAACCAUGCAGUACAUACUCACCAUGCUGGAUGAUAUAUUACAGGAGGACAAAAGUCGAGUUGAGAUGUUCAGGCAGUAUGCAAAGCAUCACAAAUGUUCUGUGUGGGAGCCAUUCCUGAAUAUGUUAAACAGACCAGAUGGGUUCAUUGUCAACCAGAGCAAUGAAUACUUACAAACCGUCUGUCGCUGUCUGCAGAUGAUGCUAAGAAUCGACGAGUACAGGCAUGCUUUUGUUAAUGUGGACGGCAUAAGUAUGAUUAUCCAAGUUCUCCCUGGCAAGGUUGGUUUCCAGAUUCAGUACCAGUUGACCUUCUGUCUGUGGUGUAUGACCUUCAACCCUGAGCUGGCUGAGAAGAUGAACAAAUACAAUGUCAUCCCCAUCUUGGCUGACAUACUGGGAGAGUCAGUGAAGGAGAAGGUGACCCGGAUCAUUUUGGCCACAUUUAGGAACCUGUUAGAGAAGCCCCAGGACCGGGAAAUCAUCCAGGACCACAGCCUCUCCAUGGUGCAGUGCAAGGUACUGAAGCAACUUCAGUUGAUGGAAGGCAGAAAGUUUGAUGACCCGGACCUGGAGGAUGAUGUGCAAUUUCUCUCUGAAAAACUUCAGGCCAGUGUGCAAGAUCUUAGUUCCUUUGAUGAGUACCAGUCUGAGGUAAAGUCAGGCCGCAUGGAGUGGAGUCCAGUCCACAAGUCUGAGAGAUUCUGGAGAGAAAAUGCCAUCAGAUUGAAUGAAAAGAAUUAUGAAUUACUCAAGAUGUUAAUCAAGUAUUUGGAGACCAGCAAAGAUCCUCUGGUGCUGUCAGUGGCCGCUCACGACAUCGGGGAGUAUGUUCGACAUUACCCUAGAGGAAAACAUGUUAUAGAGCAACUUGGAGGCAAGCAGCUUGUGAUGCAGCAUCUCACCCAUGAUGACCCCAACGUCAGAUAUGAAGCUUUGUUAGCAGUGCAGAAACUUAUGGUCCACAACUGGGAAUAUUUGGGUAAACAGCUGGAAGAGGUAGCUAAACCCUCAGGGCCUGGGGUUGUCCCUGCUAAGGCAUAACACCUGGCAUGACACCUGGCAUUACACCUGGCAUGACAAGAUACAGCAUGGCCACUACCUGGGCAUACAGUUGAAGGAAACGGGCAGAGAGGAUAUGUAUUUGUAGCUGAUAUUGUACUCUGUGACAAUGACACGGUGACAAAGUGCUGUGUGAUAUUGACAUGACACAGGAUAUGAUGUAAUAGUGGAAUGUUUAUAUAAAACUAUUUAUUGUUUAGUAAAACUGGAGACAUAAAUGUAGUUUAUGACAAACUAUUGUCAGAGUGUAAAUACUUAUAAAUAUUGAAGACCCUUGUAUUUGUGGUCAGUGAAUCAGAAAGCAUGAAAGGUGAAGAGUUUUGUUUUCAAAUGAAACAGGAGAUUUUGUGCCUGUUGUGUUAAUGAUGUAAUGUUGAAUAUGGAAGAACUGUGGACUCAGUAUACCAGGAUGGUCAAUGACUUCUCUUGAAAAAUAUGAAGUUUUAGUCAUGGAAAUGUUUUGUGUUAACAAAACAAAAUUCAAAUUAUUAACUUAUUCCUAUGAGAGAUAAAACAUAAGAUGUGUGUAACUCACGACAUUGUCAAUAA